AUGUUACACCACUACAACUAUUCGACGUCUCUGAGUCACUUUCUUAGUUAUCACCAGCUCGAGGAUCGUUUGAACGACAAUGAUCAACAAACUCAGAACUUAUGCGACGAUCUUUCGCAAGACGAGGACGCCAGAUGUAGGAGUAACUCCUCUGCCAGCAAUAAGUCCUUUACGAUAGCAGCCAUUUUAGGACUUAAAAACGAUAAUAAACAUUUAGGUAAUCCUGUAGGUUCUGCUACGGAUCUAAGUGUCGUGAACCUAUCGACGGGAGGUGACCGAAGCAAUGGGCUUAUUUCCAGUUGCACCAGGUUACAACUUCCGGUACACGUCACUGGAGUUCCCGGCACAGCCCCUCCUGGGGGGCACUUCGCACCCACGAAUCCCUCGGCCGUGGGUCAGGGAUGCCCCCCGGCUAGGCACAACAGUGAGUAUGUCUGA